AUGGUCACCACAUUCUUCGUCCCUCUGCAAAUGGGCGGAGCUAUUCGCCCAUGGAGCGACAAGCUUAUUAUCUCACUAUUUGUGGCAUCGGUCGUCUUGUUAGUUGUCUUCCUCGUAUGGGAGUACCUCCGUUGGACCAAGGCACCAUUACCAUUGAACAUACUCUAUAAUCGCACACAGUCGUUCUCGGGCCUAUACAGAUUCUUCCUCCAAGGCACGAACAUCAGCGCUAUUUAUCAUACUCCUUUCUACUAUCAGUCAAAAGGAUGUACCCCUUCGCAAAGUGGAGUCGACAUGAUUCUAUAUGUUGUCAGUAUGAUCAUCGGCAACAUGGGGCCUGCGGUGGUGACCGAGAGAGUGGGUCGUUAUUGGCAUUUCAUGGUUGCUGCCCCAAUAUUUGCAGUUAUAGGAUUUGGAGUGCUGUUUACAAUCAACGAGCAUACUCCUGUGCCCAGAGUGAUCGGAUUCCAGAUACUCCUCGGCUUUGGAAUCGACAUAGGAUUUCAGAUGCCUCUUAUCGCCGUUCAAGCGGAGCGAGCCAACCAGCCAGACCUCAUCCCUGUUGCCAAUUUAAUCCAGGUAUUUUGGCAGUCCUAG